AUGGCGCUAUUCCCAUCCUUCAUUCUAAGUGACGAAUCUAAAGAACGUAUCUCCAAGAUCGUCAACAUGACUCACACAGUGGCCCACUACGGUUGGAUUCCUUUCAUUCUUUACCUUGGUUGGGCACAUACCGCAAACAGGCCUAACGUGCUGAAUUUGCUAUCCCCACUACCAAGUGUUUAA